AUGUAUAAGACACAACUACAAGAAUGCCACCAGAGAGGGUGGAGUUUGCCUAAAUACUCUGCCAUGUAUGAUGGUCCUCCACACAAGCCAACCUAUAAGGCUUCUGUUCUUGUUAACGAUCUCACUUUCACUUCUUCUGACACUUUCAAUACAUCAAAAGAAGCUCAAAACCAAGCUGCUAUGAGAGCUUUUCUCAACUUAUCUUCUCCUUCAUCUGGCUCUUCAACACCAAGAGAUGAACAUAGUUCAAAAGAGGAAGUUGAAGCUGCCAAAUCUCAAGAGACGGCACGUUUGAUGAGCAAACCUCAGUUGCAAAACUAUGCUCAAAAGAACAAUCUCGAUCAACCUGUUUUUACAUUUAAAGCUGAGGGACUACCUCAUGUCAUUCGCUAUAAGGCUACUGUUGUUAUUGGUGGGACAUCAUUCGACAGCCCAACAUUUUUCAACACAAGAAAAGAGGCAGAACAUGCUGCUGCUAAGAUUGCUUUGAAGGAAUUGCCAAUUUCUGCUGACUUGUUUCAGAAGGAUGAAACUUGUCCAGCCAAGAAUUUACUGCUUGAAUUAACACAGACAGAAGGUUUUUCAAAACCAACAUAUAGAACUACCGAGUCUCGUUCUACUCAUAUGCCAACUUUUUUCUCAACUGUGGAAGUAGAGGGUGUAGAAUUUCAUGGAAAGGCAUCUAGAUCCAAAAAACAGGCUGAUCAUGAUGCUGCAAAGAUUGCUUACAUUGGCCUUAAAGUGUGUGGACUUGAUAUGUAUGCUUCCUUUUCUUCCUCAACCAAAGCAAACAUGGCACUACAAUCAACUCGUAAAUCAGACAUUGCUAAAUCCAAACAGAUCCUCAACUCGGAGUCCGACGAUCAACUUUUGGAUCGGGAGAUAUUACACACCGAUAUCAAAGUUAACUAUGGCAAACGUAAUGGAUCUUUUCCACUGUCUCCUGCCAAAAAAAUAAAGAUAAGCCCUUCAUCUUCACAUGAUAAACAUCCUCCUGUAUCGGUUUCCGAGUCGAACAAGGGAAAGGCUUCAAAUAGAAGUAGCUACUUACUUGGUAACAGGUUCAAGGUGUACACAAGUUUUCCAAAUAUUAAAUUUCCUGAGGGGAUUACAAUUGUGCCUAUUGGUGAAGAUAAAUGGAUUGCAACGAGCUUGGAAUGUCCAAAUGACAAAGACGUUAAUUCUGGUUAA